CGCCGUCAAGCCGCAGAUGGUGGAGGACGUGUGUGCAGACAUCAAGGGCUCCGGCACCAAUCCUCUCGUCGUCUCGAUCGCCGCGGGCGUCACGAUCGAGUCGCUCGAGGGGUGGCUCGGCUCGAGCGCCCGCGUGGUGCGGGUGAUGCCAAACACGCCGUGCCUCGUCGGCGAGCUUGCCGCCGCCUACGCCCCCAACGCAGCGUGCUCCGCCGCCGACGCGGCGACGGUCAGCUCUCUGCUCGGCGCUCUCGGCACGGCGUUCAAGGUCAAGGAGGCCGACCUGGACGCGGUGACGGGACUGUCAGGCUCUGGCCCCGCCUACGUCUUUCAGUUUAUCGAGGCCCUCUCCGACGGAGGCGUGCGCGCAGGCCUCACCCGCCCGAUCGCGACGGCGCUCGCGGCGAAGACCGUUCGCGGCGCGGCGACGAUGGUGCUGCAGACAGGCAAGCACCCGGGGGAGCUGAAGGACCAGGUGACGAGCCCUGGCGGCACGACAAUCACGGGCGUCCACGCGCUGGAGCAGGGCGGGAUGCGCGCGGCGGUGAUGAACGCGGUGCUCGCCGCGACGGCACGGUCGCGCGAGCUGGGCAAGAAGUGACGAAGCGGGAGAGCGGCUCAGUCGGGUGUGUGAGGUGGUGCUAGGCAGCCUUGUGCAGGGCAGCCUGUUGUGCCGCAGUUGGCGUGUUUUUCUUCGGUGACGGGUGAGCGCCGAGCGCAGAAGGGGAGCGCUGCGUCCGUCUGGGGGGGGGGGGGGGGCAUCUUUGUUUACCGAGAUG